UGUGUCAAGUGUCAUCAACCAGCUCUUUCAAAAAACUUCUGUCUAGGCCAUAGUUUAAAAAAAUACGAAAUUUGUUUAUAUUUGUAUAGUUUUCGUAUAGUGUAAUUUGACUUUUGAAUAUUCAAAAGCUUGUUUAAAAUUAUAGUGAAAAAUGGCCAACGACACUCCUGAAAGUGACUUCUCUAUCGAAUGUUUUCAAAACUAUUCAGCACCAGAAGUAUUUGUUCAGGGAUUAGCGGGUAUGGUUGAUCAAUCUGAUGUCGAAAUGAUAAUACGAGCACAGAAAACUAUGUUACAGAGAUUUGAAAAAACAACAGAAAUGUUAACAAAUUGCAACCAACUCUCAGCAAGUCGCCUUCGUGCUGCAUCUGUAGAGUUUAAGAAGCAUACACAACUACUGUUGGAUAUGAAAAAGGAUUUAAAUUAUAUAUUUAAAAAGAUAAGGGCUUUUAAAACCAAAUUAAGCACUCAGUAUCCUGAAGCCUACAAAGUAGCUGUUGCAUCAGCCGUUGGUAAUAUAAAGCCUCUUGAUGAAGAAGAAGAAAUUAAACCUUCAGAAUCAAAAAUAUUAUCUAAAAUGGUGGCCACAGUUUCAACAGAAACUUUAAAACCUACAGACAAAAGGGAAAAUGUAGAUAAAACUGUCAAUGUAAAAAAGAAAAGCAGUAGUUCCUCUGAAACAGAAAGUGCAAGCUCUGGAGAUGAUAGUAGUACUGACACUGGUUGAAUGUACUGUUAACUGUGUUUAAAUUAUUAACUAUGUUAAAUAGUAAACUAAGCUUGCUGCUUGUACCUAUAUGUCUGGGGUUAGAAUGUAAUUUGUAGACUUGCAACAAAUAGUAUAUUCUGCCGUAUACCAAAUACCGAAUAUUCCGCGAGGCCCCAGACCAAAUAGCCAAAUAUUAGGCUCGAAUAUAAUCCUCCAUUUUUCCAAUUCAGAAGAUGAUUAUGUUCCUGUGUUAUGUACGUAUGACUACUUAAUUGAUAAUAAUAGAAAUGAAAAUAUGAAUACAUACAUACUUAAUCAAUGGAUUUGAAUUUUUCAUUUUACCAAUUAUUUCUCUAUGAACAAAUAUAAUACAGUAUUUGGCCGAAUAUAAUAAAAGCAGCCGAAUAGGGCGAAUGCCAAAUCAUAACCGAAUAUUCGUUGCAUGUCUAGAUGAAAUGAGUAGUAUCUGUAGAAAAAUAAUUAUUACUACUUUUUUUUAUUUGGCUGUGGCUCAGUAAAUUCAUCAUUUUUUUUAAACUUGCCAGGAUUCUGUUCACAGAUUUUAAUUAUGUGACUUUAAGUAAACACAUUUUGUCAGUUAAAUUUCUUUAACUAAAUUCAACCUUAGAAUGAAAUUUAAAAUACCCUUAGGUACCUAAUUUUUUGCAAAAGAAUUUUCACUCAACUUAAAUAAUCUGAAACUUGCAAGUUAUUAGUUGUGUCAAAUAUAUUAUGCCUGUAUAGAUUAGUAUUGUGAGACCAAAAGAUUUAAAGAGCUAGACUUUUCUCAAGUCUAUCUCCCAAAUUUUAAGAAUGUGUUGGAUUUUGAAAUAAAGAAGUUAUAGUUUGCACUGAGUCUCCCCCUUAGUAUGUAAGUGUAAGCCUUCUAGUCUAGAAAGGUUACUAACAAGUAUAAUAAUAAUAAUUGUUACCAUUACUGUUACUUUAUAUUCUUAAAACAUUCAACAUUUCUAACUAUUUUGAGGGAUUAAGUAAAAAGUUUUACCAAAAAUAGUUUUAUUUAGCUUAAACCAAAUAACAUUUAAGAGAGAUAAAAAUCCAAUACCAGCACCGUUAAUGUUUUUUUUAUACAAAGAAAACUGAGGGUUUUGUAAUUAUAAAUUACAAUUGUCCCUAAAAGACUAGAUUUGUAACACUAAACUUCAGUCUUUACAUUUUAAUCAGAUUACCAAAUAAAAAUCUUAAUUAUGGACAUUUCAUCAGGCAAAGUACAAGUUUAAUUAUAUUUAG